CUGGAUAAUUUCAGAUUGAAAUUGUAGAAUAUCUGAUGAAGCAGUUCUGGAAUAGAUUCCUUUUCGGGUUGUCCUAUUUCCACAUUCGCAUUCGUUUACAGCCGCAGCAGACGCUGAUUCGUUGAGGUCUACUUCGGAAUAGUUAUCGUUGCUCUCCAAACCGCCGAAAAUUUCAUCCACUUCAUAAAAAAACGUACACAUUUUAAGUAAAGUGGCUGAAAUAAAAAUUUCUAGUUAUUUAAGUUUUCGCACAAUAGUACGUGAAGCUAAUUGCGCAACGCUGGCUUAUUUGUACAACAACAAAACGGCACACACAUACACAUAACCACUGUAUCAGUAGCUACAACAACCACACCGCAGAGAAGGCACUCGACUUAUUAUGCAUUGACAAAAGUAUGGACUCAUUACAUAUGACGCGUACUGCUGGUGGUAGUGGUACACAAUUAUCGUCAUUACUCUCAACCUCAACAGCAACAGCAACGAAUAGUGCCGCAACAACGCCAGCGAAAGAUCAUUAUAAUAACAAUUUGCUGUUGCUAAGUCGAGUCGCAGGAAGCGGACAGUUGCGCACAAGUAGAUCUCCAUCAGACACACGCAGUUCCGAACAAAUGUCACGUGAACGAAGUAACCGCGGUGACAGCACCGAUUCGGCGGGCCAACACGACCGUUUGACUUUCAGCGGCACAGCGCUAUCAGCGGUGACGUCCUCAACGGCCGGAUCGACGGUGGUCGGCACCACCGGCACACUGGGCGGCGCCGGCGCAUCGGGCACCUCGCUCGCGACCACCACAUCGACGGGCGGUGUCAGCAGUUACGGCAGCAGCACUAUGACCGGUUGUAUCGGCAGCGGCAACAGUGGCGCCACUGUCGCCACAUUUCGCGGCUUCCGUAGCCACUCGCCGUCGAGUCGACGCAGUCGCGAACGCAGCCGGCGCGAGUUCCAGCGCACACAUGGCUCCGAUCAGGGUGGUCUGUUGGCCUACAGCGGCCUGAGCGGUUUAAGUAUUGGCGGAAUCAGCAGUGGCGGUGUUGGCAUCGGUGCGGGGGGCAUCAGCGGCGGCGGCUUCAUAGUGGGCGGUGGUGAUGGUAGCACACUGGAUGGUAUGGGUGGCAUUGGCGCCGAGGAUUCACGUCUUUCAGGCAACGAGGAUCUCUGCUAUCAGUCGUUCGCUUCCGACGAACAAGAUGGCACACAAGUGGGCGCGGAUGGCAGCAAGAAACACCAUCGCAGACAUGAACGUACCUCUAGCCUGCAAGCCCUCGAUCGUCUCAACACGAAAAUCCAAUGUACAAAAGAGUCAAUACGGAAGGAGCAAACAGCCCGAGAUGAUAACGUGAAUGAAUAUUUGAAGUUGGCUGCCAGUGCUGAUAAGCAGCAAUUGCAGCGAAUAAAGGCCGUCUUCGAGAAGAAAAACCAGAAAAGCGCACACAGUAUCUCACAGCUACAAAAGAAACUUGACAACUACACGAAGCGAGCGAAAGAUCUAACCAAUCAUCAAUUCGCGAAUAAAAGUCAGCAUCGUCAGCCGCGUGAAGUGUUACGCGAUGUGGGCCAGGGCUUGAGAAAUGUCGGUGGGAAUAUACGCGACGGUAUUACCGGCUUUUCUGGUUCGGUGAUGUCGAAGCCGCGUGAAUUCGCACACUUAAUUAAGAACAAAUUCGGUAGCGCCGAUAAUAUUAAUCAAAUGUCAGAAACUGAAAUCAACAACAUUAACAUGCCCGUCAAUGCUGAACUGAUUGGCAGUUCGACGCCGAGUAAUAACAUAGCGGCCACCUCCACCGGUUCGGGUAACACUGGUGGCGCGGGUAGCGGUAAAUUUAAUAGCGAUAACGGCAGUGAAUGUAGCAGCGUUACCAGCGAGAGCAUACCAGCUGGCUCUGGCAAGAGUCAAUCGGGCGCGAGUCAAUAUCAUCUUGUGCUCAAAUCGCUGUUAACCGAAUUGGCUGAGCGAAAAGAUGAAAUCGAAAAACUAAAAGAGCGUGUUGAAAGACUAGAGACUGCACAAAAGGAAUUAAACAGUUUAACUGCAACGCUAGAGGGUGAACGGUACCGCGCCGAAAGUUUAGAGGAGCAAAUUAACGAUUUAACCGAACUGCAUCAGAACGAAAUCGAGAACCUAAAGCAAACAAUUGCCGAUAUGGAGGAAAAGGUGCAAUAUCAAAGUGAUGAGCGACUGCGCGACGUUAAUGAAGUACUGGAGAAUUGCCAAACGCGGAUAUCCAAAAUGGAACAUUUAUCACAACAACAGUACGUGACCGUCGAGGGUAUAGACAAUUCGAAUGCACGAGCGCUCGUCGUCAAACUCAUCAAUGUCGUUUUAACUGUAUUACAAGUGGUAUUGUUAUUGGUGGCGACGGCAGCAGGCAUUAUAAUGCCAUUCUUGAAGACGAGAGUGCGCGUGCUGACGACAUUCUUAUUCAUAUUCUUCAUUAUAUUUGUGAUACGACAAUGGCCGGAUGUGCAAGACAUCGGCGCUGGACUGAUGCGACACUUAAAGGAAUCACUGGUUGUCAAAUGAAGUAUGUAAAUGGCGCGUUUGUAAACAAACAAAGCAUAAACGUAGACAUAAGCACACAAUGAAAGUGAAGUGCGGAAUGCAGAAAGCAGAAAUAUGCUGCCAGCGGAUAGUAAUGGCAGCAAUACCAUAUGUAUAUGCGCGGGUGAAUGUAGCAGCAAUUAGUUAUACAAAUUUUGUUAAAUUUGAUUAGCUGUUAGUGUCAUUAGAGAAAUAUGGAAAAUAAUAUGCAAAUAAAUUACAAUGUUAAAUACUAUUUAAUAUAAUAAUACAUACAUACAUACAUACAUAUAUCUAGAUAAUCCUAUAAAUUAGGCCUGAAAGCACCCGUCUUGUAUAGCUGCACUCUAUUGGAAGCGUGGUUUAAUGUGAGGUGCGCGUCUAGCAAAGAUUUACACGUGUGACAUAUUAAACUAUAGUUUAUUAAUUUCCUGUUUAAGUACAUACUAUAUUAGCGCCACUACAAAUUUAAAAGAAAAUACUCAUAUGUAAUUGGAAUUUCUUUGAAAUACAGCAAAUGCGAACAUAAAGUUGAUUUA